AUGUCUCCGCGCAUACGCCCGCCUUCAAGUCGCACCAUAAGCGCGGUCUCGACUUACAGCAUCUACGUCGAAGCCGCGAAGGAGAUGGGCACCUUCAGGUCUAAAACGCCGGACCCGUGGACUGUUCCCAAACGCCUCCGUUCUGAUAAGCUCGUACAGUAUGGACGUCCACCUAAGCGUCGUCGGUCAUGGGUCAAUAUCGCCGACGUAGAUUUCACCACGUUUGCGCGAAAAGACGAGAAGGAUGAUGUGGAGGGACAUGAGAGCAGGAAGCAGACAGACCUGCGGAGGAAGAAGCAAAGGCUGAACGAAAGAGAAAAAGGUGAGGAGGUGGCGAAUGAUAAGGAGAACGGGCGAAUCGCAGUUGGGCCGGACGAUGGCGAUAUCAAUGCUUCUUCUAGUCAGAAGGUCGACAUCCUUGAUUGUGAUGAGCAGAGGAAGGAUGUGGAGGAUGAAGAGGAUUGGGACGAGUUGUAUGGCUCGAGUCCCUCCACUCGCAAUGCGGAGGGCAUUACGUUCGCCGACAAUGCUAGUGGCGCGUCUCAAGACUUCGAUGACAUCGAUGAGAAUGCCAGUCGAAUCCAUGCCAGACAGGACUCUUCUGUGGAGGACCACGACCACUCCGACAACCCCGGGCAUAAUAUUGAGGGUCUAGAGUGA